AUGCUGUUCCCGGAAGGAGACGCGCCGCCGCUCAAGGCGUGGAUUGUCAAGAGAAUUGAAAACACCUCCGACGCCGACUCUGACGUUCUUGCCGAGUAUGUGAUUGCGCUGCUGAAGCAUGAUGGCGACCAGCCGGCUAUUCGGAAGCUCUGCGAGCAGGAGAUUCCCGACUUCUUGACCGAAGACCCCAAGGCCUUCCUGGACGAUGUCUUUGAAGCCAUCAAACACCGAUCCUAUAUACCCGGAGGGGCGCCACCCGAGGAGCCGUCUCCCGAGCCCGAUUCCCAAUCAGCUCAAGCACAUGCUGGCUCGAGGAAGAGGGCGUUUGGCGACGAAGCCGACUCCCUAGACGACGGGCAACGGGAUCAAUCCUAUGGCGAUCACCGAUCCGUUAAGCAACCUCGGCGCGGCGCUCGACGAGGGCCCGAAGACAACCGAGGCAGCAAACAGGGAGGCUUCGGCUCCAUGAAUCUGCCUGCUCCGCCGGCAGGGAUGCCGCAGUUUGACGUCAACAACCCCAUGGAGGCCUUCAUGCAGAUGCAAGCAAUGGGCAUGCCCUUUGCUGGCCUGCAAGGUUAUCCUCAGUUGAACUUUGGUGGCAGACCCCAAAGACACCAGCCCAAGCGCAAAGGCCGAUGUCGCGACUUCGACACCAAAGGCUUCUGUUCUCGAGGAAGUACCUGCAUAUAUGAUCACGGCAACGAGUCCAUUUACGUUCCUCCCUCUGCGUCCAACGGCGAAGAGUACGAUCCGAAUGACGCGGUAAUGCAAAUGCCAACGAUGCCUCACCAAGGAAACCCACUGCUCUACGCCUCCGAUGGACCCCGUGGGCGAGGAGGUCGUAAAUCCCGCGGAAACGUUCACCGCGGUGGCCGGAGAGGCGGCGGUCGUGCUCUGUUUUCAGCAGAUGGACCCGUCCACGACCGCACCAAGAGCACGAUCGUGGUUGAAAACAUACCGGAGGAGUGCUUCAGCGAAGACCAAGUGUGCGGCUUCUUCUCGCAGUUUGGCAACAUUGUCGAAGUAUCGAUGCAACCGUAUAAGCACCUGGCUGUCGUCAAGUACGACAAGUGGGCUGCCGCGAAUGAUGCUUACCGCUCACCUAAGGUCAUCUUCGACAACCGCUUCGUCAAGGUCUUUUGGUACAAGGAGGAGACGGACAACACUCUCAACGACGUAACUAACAAUCUCCAAUUCAAUGCGGAUGCAGGCCCUGCCGUAAGAGGCCCGGAGCCAGAGGUCGACUUGGAAGAUUUGAACAGAAGACAAGAAGAGGCACAGCGGCAGCACCGAGAAAGGCAGGCCAAGCGGGAAGAGCUCGAACGGCAACGCCAAGAACUGGAAAAGAAACAGCAAGACCUGCUGGCAAAGCACCAGGCAGAAACAGAGCAGCUGCGAGCAAGGCUUACGGAGAAGAACGGUAGCGACGCGGGCUCCGGCACCUCUGCCACGGAGCUGCUGCGCGCACAACUGGCUGCGCUGGAGCAAGAGGCCAAGAUCCUCGGGCUCGAUCCGAGCGCGGCGGAGGAUGGUGGUGCGCCAGGCUUCCGGGGAGGUUACAGGGGGAGGGGUGCGCACCGUGGCAGAGGUGCUCCCCGAGGCCGCGGUAUUCAUCGAGGCCAGGGGGCGAGGCACGCUGCGUACGCCCAGUAUUCCAUUGAUAACCGGCCGCGGAAACUCGCCGUCCACGGGGUGGACUUUACGCCUCCGGACAAGGACGAGGUGCUGCGCCAUUUCCUUUUGAACCUGGGCGAGUUCGAGUCGGUCGAAACCACGCCAUCGGUCACGCACGUCUCUUUCCAGGACCGCAAGACGGCCGAGAAGUUCUACUACAGCCUGCACGGCAAGGAGCUGCCAGGCGUCGAGGGCAGGCUGGACCUAGCGUGGGUCAACGCGGGGGCGGCGGCGGCAGCUGCAAAGAAGCCGGUCGACGGCUCCACGCCGGCCCUGUCAGACGACGACGAAGGCCCGUCCAAGGACGAAACGGCGCCGACAGAGAUGCAGCAGCGCCAGGUGGACAUGGACUACGAGGUUGGCGACGACGAUGCCUGGGACGACGGCGUUCGGUGA